AUGUAUCUCGUUUAUUUCCCCUUCUGGGGGAUAAUUUCCAUGUUGAAUACUCAUAAAAGUGAUGGAGUUUUUGCAGACAUGCCAUUCAGGUGUUUAAGAUGGAUAUGGGAGAUUUUAUAUGUUGUAAUACCUGCCAUUGAAUACUCCUACCCACAUGAGACAAGUGUGUAUCUCCCUGAUGAUGUAAUGAUAAAUAUACUUAGCAGACUACCCGCAGAAUCUUUGCUUGCUUGUCAGAAAGUGUGCAAACAGUGGAGAUCAUUGACAUCAUCCCCCUGUUUUAUCAGAUUGUUCUUGCAAAGGGUCACUCCUGUCAUUUUCAUGCGUGUCAAUUUCAUUCGUACAAGCCACGGAAUGUUAGCUGAUGGACAUGAAACCGCCUCUUUUCUUUUUGAUCAUACAACUAGUGGGACAUUGAAGAUUCAAAAGUUAAAACUCAAGGAAGAUCUAAUGCUUCCUGGGGAUAACUACCCACUCAUCCUAUCUUCUUGUGGCGGAUUCCUUCUAUUUGCUUCCCCAGGACGCUAUUACAUUGUGAAUCCUUUGACACAGGAACAUGCUGGCUUCUAUCGUCCUGAACCAGGUUAUCUUCGUGGCUUUUUUUACCAUUCUAGCAGAAAUGAGUUUAAAAUUCUUUAUGCACUAAGGGUAGGUAAUAACUAUCUACAUGAACAUUACAUUUACACUCUUGGAGCAAAUAAUUGGAGAAAGAUAAAGGCACCGCAUUUACCCUAUUCUCCUCCUCCGGGAAAGUCAGCCCCGGCGAUUUGUAAUGGUUCUUUGCACUGGAUUGUAUGUCAGACUUCGGAUUGGGAAAAUGAUCGACCUUGCUUGUGUAAUAUCCUUGUUUUUAAGAUGGACGCAGAAGAGUUUUUUCUGUUGCCCCGUCCUUGGGAAACAUCCUGGAAAAAGUUUGGUUAUCAAACAAUGAACCUCUUUGCACUAGGUGACAGUUUAGCCUUUUGCAAUUUGAACUGCACUUUGGGGAUGAUCGAGGUACAUAUCUUGGAGGAUUAUGCAAGCGGGUUCUGGGUUCUAAAAUGGACGCUUGAUCUUCGCCGGGCUGAACGACCAGCUGUCGUGGAUCACCCGAAACUAGUAAGUGUGAAACUGUUGCUCAUCCAUAAUGAAGAAUUGUGGUUGGAUUGCUACGAAAGAGGAGUAUAUGUGUAUCAUCUUGAAAGGAAUACAGUUAGAAGACUUGGAGGACCGCCCUGGAGUCUGUUUGCUGCAUUUGGUAGAGGUAUUGUCACACAUGAUUGCGUUCCUUAUGUUAGGAGCCAUUUGCGCCUCCCUGAGUCAAUGUUUACGCAGAAACUUCCUCUGUGA